UACGUGCUCGCGUAGACACGCCCUCUUCCUCUUUCUGCUGCAAUUUGAUUGGCGGAGGAAGGCUCGCUCUUUCUUUCCUUCGCCCCUGAGAGAGACGGUGGCAAGAUGAACGACAGCGUCACUAUUAGAACUAGGAAGUUUAUGACCAACAGACUGCUUCAGAGGAAGCAGAUGGUCAUAGAUGUCCUUCAUCCUGGAAAAGCCACUGUCCCAAAGACUGAAAUCAGGGAGAAGCUGGCCAAAAUGUACAAGACUACCCCAGAUGUUAUCUUUGUAUUUGGCUUUAGGACGCACUUUGGAGGUGGCAAAACUACUGGUUUUGGCAUGAUCUACGAUUCCCUGGACUAUGCAAAGAAAAACGAGCCCAAACACAGACUUGCCAGGCAUGGCUUAUAUGAGAAGAAAAAGACUUCUAGAAAACAGCGUAAAGAAAGGAAGAACAGAAUGAAGAAAGUCAGGGGCACAGCCAAAGCAAGCGUGGGUGCUGGUAAAAAGAAAUGAAGUAAUCAACAGUGAGUUUUGGGUCUAGUUUUCACAGAAGGACUAAAGGAUCCCAAGAUGAACUAUCUGAAGAUUGUACUUUAUUCCAGGGUCUUGUAAUAAAAGUUAU